UUACAUAGUUGUUUGCAAGCAUUUGCCAGGUCUGUAACCCUCUCCAGAGAAGGAGAUGGAGCUUGAACGUGAAACCCCCAACUCCUCCAACGUUUCUCCCGGAGGCUCCAGGGAGUACAAGGUGGUGAUGCUGGGAGCAGGUGGAGUAGGCAAAAGUGCAAUGACAAUGCAGUUCAUAAGCCAUCGGUUCCCAGACUACCAUGAUCCCACCAUCGAGGAUGCUUAUAAAACACAAGUGCGGAUAGACGAUGAGCCUGCUUAUCUGGACAUUCUGGAUACUGCUGGACAAGCAGAAUUCACGGCCAUGAGAGACCAAUAUAUGCGAGGCGGAGAAGGCUUCAUUAUCUGCUAUUCCAUCACAGACCGCCAGUCCUUUCAAGAAGCGGCGGAAUUCAAGGAGCUCAUUUAUCGUGUCCGGCAUACCUACGACAUCCCCCUGGUGUUGGUGGGGAACAAAAUUGAUCUUGAGGAGUUUAGGCAGGUCUCCAAAGAAGAAGGUACAAAUCUAGCCAGAGAGUAUGCUUGCCCCUUCUAUGAAACCUCGGCAGCCCUGCAUUUCUAUAUCGAUGAUGUUUUCCACAGACUAGUAAGGGAUAUCCGCAAGAGGGAGAAGUCUCUGCUAUCUGCAGAAGGGAAGCUGAAGAGCAAGGACAGUCUAUGGCAGAAACUAAAAGGAUCUUUGAAGAAGAAAAAGGAAAGCCCUUCCUGAUAGAGCUGUCCAUCUGGCUAAUGACAGAAUUGCUUGGAACUCGCAGUCUGCAGCAAUUCCGAAAGGCAUCCUCCUUUGCGGUCUUAUUUUUCAGGGUCCUUUCAACACAGGGCCAUUCUUCUAAUUAGGGGUGAGCUAUGUGCCAAGUGGAAACUCAUUAGUAAAGAGAAGGUUAAAACGUAUUUAAUGUGUUUAUUGCAAUGAUUCUUGAAAAUGUAUUUUAUUUCAAAGACAAUAAUGUUAAGUUCAAAGCAUAAUGGAAGGACUCAUUAAUUCUGAUAUGAAAAACAAACUAAACAUCUCCAGUCCAGAACACUAUGGGCACCCAACAGUUGUAUUGCCAGCCAUUAUAUCUUUAUUUUAUGGUUAUUUAUUUAUUUUUUAUUACACAUCACUUGACAUGGACAGGCCUGUACAUGACUGAAAAAAUAUAAUUUGGAUUGGAUUGGGUCAGAUCUGGAAUGAGAAAUAUCACUUUAGGUCCUUUUGGACUCUUCAGAAGGUUCAGGUCAGUAAAAUCAGGGUCGCCAAAAUAGUCAAAAAUCGUCAAAAGUCAAUGAGAAAGGGAAGAACUGCCCCAAAAAAUCACCCCCCAAAAACCCAACUAGCCCAGGAGCUCUCAAAGCUGGCACACAAGAAGGUAAAGAUGGUUGGACUCUGUAUAUUUAAUUGAAUCCAGCCGCCUUUGAUUUUAAAUUAGUUUUUUAAAGUAACCAAGAAAUUGUACUCACAGAGAAUGUGGAAGAAAGUGACCCAAGAUCCGAGAUCCAAAUCUCAGGAGAAGUGAUCAAACAUCCAAGAAUCUUCUGUUUUUGCUUUUAAGUUGUGUGUACAAUUAAAGGUUAAAUACUUUUUUAAAAUUAAGAAAUAAAUGCAUGGGCAGUCUGGCAGACAGGCAGGUGGGCAGAGAGCUGCCAGAAGGUGACUUUCCCCCCACUCAGUCGUGAUUGGGGGGGGGUGAGGAGGGAAGCAUAUUCCUGCCACCAUUUGGAGCUUUCAAAUGCUCUGAUUUUUAUUUAUUUUUUCUGAAUGGGAUUGGAAAUGACCAACCCAAACUGGGCUGUGCACAUUUGGGUUCGGAUUCUCUCCAAACCCCUCCAAUUUGGGUAAAAUGGGACCAUUUCCAAUUUUACCGAUCCAAUUUUGCAUAGGCCCAAUGGACAUGCCUUCAUAGAAAAGUAUUGGCUUGGAGCUAAAGGAUUCCUUGGUCAAGAGGAAAACACUUUCAUUCACGCAAGGGGGUGUUUUCAGUCUCUGACUAUUCGCACCCCAGUUGCAUCGUCCUUAUGGCUGAAGUUCAGGAGUGGUAUGCAAGGGGAUUAAAAGGAGCUGCAGGAGAAGAAGCUUCAUUAAAGAAAGAGAAUUCAUCCUGUAGUUCUUUGGAGCCCAGCCCUGGUUUUAUGGGAGGUAAAAACUCUGGCUGGCGUCCACACUAAUGCUGCACUAGUAUAAUGAACAAAGAUGCAUAAAUGCAAGAAGGUUGCCUCCCUAAGUGAGGGCUCAAAGUUACACCUGCUUGUGCAGUAAGAACAUCCGAACAGGAUCUGGGUGUCUUCUUCUACAACACGUAAUGUGCUUUGUUGCACUACGACAACACUAGUCUGGAACACAAGCGCCUGACUGAACACACCUGGCUUGCGUUCAACUGAACACACCCUUGCACUAGCACAACAUGUUUGUACAAGGGUAGCAUUAGUCUGGAGGUCAGCUCUUUCCUCUGCAUUGUUUCAGGUCAUGCAGGUCAUUGUUAAGCUAUGGAAUGAUAAACAAGCAUGUGUGGACUCUUGCUUGAUCACAAGCACUCAACUGCCGAGUUUCAAGUUCAUCUUACAGCCAGAACUUUCUUCCAGAUCAAUGGGUCCUAUCAUGUAGGGCAGGGGUUCUCAAACAUGGGUUUGCAUAUGUUGUUGGACUUCAGUUCCCAUAAUCUCCAAAAGGCCAUUGUUGGUGGGGAUCAUGGGAGUUAAAGGCCAACAACAUCUGGGGAUCCACGUUAGAGAAAUCCCUGAUAUAGAGGAAGCUAACACCCAUCAGUGUUCACACCAGCAUAUCACACAUGAACAUGGAACUUUUUCUGUGUAUGUAUGACACCCCUCUUCUUGCACCAAGGUUCAUUGCCUGAAUCCCUCACUACACAUUCAUUCAUUCAUUCAUUCAUUCAUUCAUUUAUACAUUUGUAUCCUGCUCUUCCUCUGAGGAGCCCAGAGCAGUGUGCAUGGUUAUGUUUAUCCUCACAAGAACUCUGUGAGGUAGGUUAGGUUGAGAGAUACAUGACUGGCCCAGAGUCACCCAUGGAGUUUCAUGGUUGAAUGGGGAUUUGAACUCAGUGCUUCCUGGUCCUCGUCCAGCACUCUAACCACUGCUCUAUGCUGGCUCUCUGAAGGCUCCUAUCCACUCAUCAUACAGUGCUUUCAUUCACCCUGUGAUAGCCUGUCCUACACAAAUUUUAAAAGAGGGUCAGAGAAACAUUGAAUUUUAGAGUUGGAAGAGAUCUUGGGUAUCUUCGAGCCCAACUUCUUGCUCAGUGCAGGUGUGUGUUCUUUUGGGUGAAGAUAUAUUAGGAAACAUCACUGGCUGACAUCCAGAAUGGCGUCCUGCAUGCAGGAGGAGAUGUCCGAGUGCAAAGCUAUUGUGCUAGCCAAUUUCACUGGAUCUGGAGCAUGUGUUCCAGACUAGUGCUGAGCAAGGCUGCCUGUGAUUGUGCAACAGUUGUGCGGUUGCACAUACCUCAUUUGUCUUAAUGAGAACUUUUGCACAAGAGUCAAGUGCCAUAGUGCAUAGCACUCUUGCAUGAUCCCCACUUUUUGCUUCACUAAGAUAUCCUCUUGCUCUAGUGCAACAGUGGUUGUGGCACAUGCGGUGCACUGCUCCAGAUGUCAGCCACCAUCUAAUAAAAUCAACAACUAAAAAGGGACUGCACCAGUUGCAUCGUCCUUAAUAAGAUACUUUAAUGCAACUGUCAAGUGUUUAUAUGCAUAUAUAAAGGUAAAGUGUGCUGUCAAGUCGAUUUUGACUCCUGACGUCCACAGAGUCCUGUGGUUUCCUUUUGGUGGAAUACAGGAGGAGUUUACCAUUGCCUCCUCCCGCGCAGUCUGAGAUGAUGCCUUUCAGCAUCUUCCUAUAUCGUUGCUGCCUGAUAUAGGUGCUUUCCCCAUAGGCUAAGAAACAUACCAGCAGGGAUUCAAACCGGCAACCUUCUGCUUGUUAGUCAAGCAUUUCCACGCUCUGUCACUUAAGGUGGGUGAUUAUAUGCAUCUGUACUAAAGAUAAAACAUUCCUGCCUCUCACUCAGAUAUCUAACUUUUAGUAUAAAAGUUAAUUCUGAUUGUGGUUUUAGCUUGGAUUUUUCACUUGUUUAAUUGGGUUCAUUUUAUUAGUCUGGUUUUAUAUUGUAACUAUUUUAUACCUGUUGUGAGCUGCCCCAAGCAGUAAUGUACUGGAAGGGUGGGGUAUAAAUAUUUUAAAUAAAUAAAUAAAUAGAGCCCUGGGGGAGAUGACA